AUCUCUCUGCGUCCGCCCGGGUCCUUCUUUCCUCUGCAGCAGCCGGUGUUCUGGAAGGUUCGAACAGGGAACCCGGAGAAGCCACCUGCAUCCAAGUCCAUCCGAGGCCAAGCCACGCUGUUUCAGCCCCGGGGGCCCAUCAGUCCCGCUCCGACGACUCCCCGUAACACUUCCCGUCAUAUUUAAAGGCAACAAGUCAUGGCGGGACCGAAAACCUUAAGCGGAGGCAAAAACAAAGGAGGGGCGUAUGUGGACCGCGACAAGCCGGCCCAGAUCCGCUUCAGCAAUAUAUCUGCUGCCAAAGCGGUUGCAGAUGCCAUCAGAACAAGUCUGGGACCCAAAGGAAUGGACAAGAUGAUCCAGGAUGAGAAAGGUGAUGUAACUAUUACCAAUGAUGGAGCCACCAUCUUGAAGCAGAUGCAGGUGCUCCACCCUGCUGCCAAAAUGCUGGUGGAACUGUCCAAAGCCCAGGACAUUGAAGCUGGCGAUGGCACCACCUCUGUGGUGGUGAUUGCUGGAGCGCUGCUUGAUGCCUGCUCCAAGCUGCUGCAGAAAGGUAUCCAUCCCACCAUCAUCUCCGAGUCCUUCCAGAAGGCCGUGGACAAGGGUGUGGAGGUGCUGACAGCCAUGAGCCGGCCGGUGGAGCUGAGUGACCGUGAGACGCUCCUGAACAGCGCCACCACCUCCCUGUGCUCCAAGGUGGUGUCGCAGUACUCCAGCCUGCUGGCACCCAUGAGCGUCGAUGCCGUCAUGCGAGUCAUCGACCCGGCUACGGCCACCGGCGUGGACCUGCAGGACAUCAAAAUCAUCAAGAAGCUCGGAGGGACCAUUGACGACUGUGAGCUGGUGGACGGGUUGGUGCUAACCCAGAAGGUGGCCAACACCGGCGUGACCCGGGUCGAGAAGGCCAAGAUCGGCCUGAUCCAGUUCUGUCUGUCGCCUCCCAAAACUGAUAUGGACAACCAAAUUGUGGUGUCGGAUUACGCCCAGAUGGACCGGGUGCUGCGGGAGGAGCGCACCUACAUCCUGAACUUGGUGAAACAGAUCAAGAAAGCGGGCUGCAACGUGCUGCUCGUCCAGAAGUCCAUCCUUAGAGAUGCGCUGAGCGACCUCGCUCUGCACUUCCUGAACAAAAUGAAGAUCAUGGUGGUGAAGGACAUUGAGAGGGAGGACAUUGAGUUCAUCUGUAAGACGAUCGGCACCAAACCCAUCGCCCACAUCGACCACUUCACAGCUGAAAUGCUCGGCACGGCGGAGAUGGCUGAGGAGGUGAGCCUGGACGGCUCAGGCAAACUGGUGAAGGUCACCGGCUGCAGCAGCCCUGGAAGAACCGUGAGCAUCGUGGUCAGGGGCUCCAACAAGCUCGUGAUCGAGGAGGCGGAGCGCUCCAUCCAUGAUGCGCUGUGCGUCAUCCGCUGCCUGGUCAAGAAGAGGGCUCUGAUAGCUGGAGGUGGAGCUCCAGAGAUCGAGCUGGCCGUGCGGCUGUCGGAGUACUCGCAGGCCCUGGGGGGCAUGGAGGCGUACUGUGUGCGGGCGUACGCCGACGCCCUGGAGGUGAUCCCCUCCACACUUGCUGAGAAUGCAGGUCUGAACCCGAUCUCCACUGUGACGGAGCUCCGCAACAGACAUGCGCACGGCGACAAGAUGGCCGGCAUCAACGUUCGCAAGGGAGGAAUCUCCAACAUCCUGGAGGAGCUGGUGGUGCAGCCUCUCCUGGUCUCCAUCAGCGCGCUGACCCUGGCUACAGAAACCGUGCGCAGCAUCCUGAAGAUCGACGACGUGGUGAACACUCGGUAACCUGUGGUUCUGCGAGGCGUGGCAGGAGCGUGUCGUCAUCGCUCUGCUCACAUGUCCACUCCACUUGUUACUCCUAAACUAAUAAAACGGCUUGUUUUUGUUGACGCUG